CCACGCCUCAAGCUAGCUUUUUGCACGCUUUCUGUGUGACAGGUAGCAAGCAACUGUUAAAGUGAUUUUUCUCUGUUUCUACGAAGAAGUAGGGAAAGCAAUGCAGGUUUCAUCCUCGAGAACGUUAGCUUUUCAAUGCUAUAAUCUUUUCUUAGUUCAACGGGCAGCACUACUAACCACAGGACGUAGUGUAAAGUCUCAAAGUACUACUGUUAAACGUAUGGUCAGUGCCUCUAGAUGGAGGGAGGACGAAAGAGAGAGGGGCUCUAAGGGCAAGUGGUGGAAUGGCUGGGAGAGAGCACUACAAUUGACUUAUUUCAGAUACUGCCUGUAUGCUGUGGCUGUAUUUAUGUGGGACAGAGAAAGAGUAUCUAACUCUCAAGCAGAAGCAUGUUACAAUAAGUACAAACAUAAGCACAAUAUCCAGGACAAUACUGAAGACCCAUCCUCUUCUACUUCUCCUCCUCCUCCUCCUUCUACUAUUAAACCCUCUCCUACUCAAACUAAACCAUUUAAAUCACAAACUAUUGAUGUUCAAGGAGUCUUCAUGGAGCUUGAGUCAAACUGCAGCACAGGCAGGCAUGGUAAUAAAAAAAGUAGCAAAGAUGGCCAGGAUAGCAAGAAUGCUCCUCGUGUUGAAGAUAAAGUCAAAAGAAGACGUUUUUUGUCAAAGGGCUCUUCCUCUUCUUCUCAUAACGAAACUGCUGCAGAUGAUGUAAUGAGCAAAGACGGUCAAGGAGACAAUGCUAAUGGAGGAGUUUGGAAAAAACUAAGUGAGAUUGGUCAAGCUACUGGCUCUUUCUUUUCAAAUUGUUAUGAUUAUCUUUCCUCUUUGGCAUCAAAGUCACCUCCUCCCACUCAGCCUGCCACCCCUUCCAGUGAGAGAGUACAAAAGGAUCCUCCUCCAGUCAGUCAACCAGAGACUGAGAAGAAGAGAAGUGGACUUGUCUCCCAUUCAGCCAUUACUGCUGAUGAUGCAAUGGAAGCCACUAAAAAUGCUUCAUCGGGAGAGGCCAAGAAAAAAAGUAGCAAUAAAAUGGUUGACAUAUCAAAUGAGACUAAGAACUUGAGGCAUAAAGCAAAAGCUCCUUCAACUAGUGAUAAAGCUAGUAAUGGGGCCACUGAGAACCAGCCAGAUGGCAGGCAACUGUCACUAAGAGAAGCAGUACCCGUAGAGCCUGCUGAUCCUGUGCAAGAUGGCUGGGAAUUUGUAGUGGAGCAAGACGAAUGCAAAGUAUAUUCAAAGUUUUACAAAGACACUGGUCUGAAGCAGUAUAAAGUGAUAGGGUCAUAUGAUGACAUUACUCCUAGAGAUUUCCUUGAUGUACAGCUUGCUGGUCAUGAAGAAAGAAAGACAUGGGAUGCCUAUGUCAUUAAACUUGAUACAAUAGAUACAGACACACACACUGGUAGUGAAGUUGUUCAUUGGAUCAUGAAAUUCCCAUUUCCAUUGUCAAGUAGGGAGUAUGUAUUUGUUAGAAGAGCGUGGAUCAGCCCCAAUGAAGAUGCAGCUGUCAUUAUUAGCAAAGCGGUUGAUCACCCAGCUGCUCCAGAGAGCAGGAAGUACGUAAGAGUAAAGAGCUAUUACAGUGAGAUGGUUAUAAAGCCUUACUCAUCUGUGGAUGAGCUUGGAUUUCGCUACGAACUGACAUAUUUUGAUGACCCAGGUGUCUACCUGCCUUCAUCAGCCCUCAACUGGGUCAGCAAAUCAGCAAUGCCUGAUUUUCUUAAUAAAAUGCAUGCAGCUGCUUUACGGAAAAGUUCCUCAUACUCAAGUAGCCGACAGCACAAGAGUGCAGUAUAAAAUACAUCGACUAUAAUGUUUGACAAUCAUUCUCUCUCCAGUCAUUCUUUCAUCCACCAUUAUUCAAGAAUUAAAAUUAUUUUAUUAUUUAUUAUUAUUAUUUAUUAUUAUUAUUAUGGACAACUGAAUGAA